AUGCCUCAAAAACUUGAAUUUCAAGGAACUUGGGCCUCAAACUGUUUUUUAGCAUCUGAAAAAGAAUUGAUGAGCAAACCUGCCCCAGAGAAGAAGAAGGACAAGAAGCGCUGGUUUUUCAAGAAGUCGAAAAAAGAGGAAGAUUUUCUGAUCAGUGAGCCGAUGGAUUUCAAACAGACUCAACACGUCUAUUUAGGAGAAGCUGGUCUUCAAGGACUUCCCCCCGAGUGGACAGCGCGACUUAAAAAGGGAGGAGUAUCUGACAAAGACAUAGCCGAGCACAAAGAAGUGUGUGGGCAAAUAGCCAAAAUUGAAGUUGACCAAGGUGCGAAGAGUCGGUUAUGUAAUGCGAAGAGUGAAGAGAAAGAGGAAGUGAUAGAUUUAAAGAGUUUUACAACGCAAAGUGAUCCCGACGAGAAUUACGAGAACCUUGCGAAGAUGGAAAAUGGUGAUGAAGAUGAGUAUAUGGCAACUCGGAAGAGUGAUGGGUUAGAAGUUUCACUUCGUCGGAUAGGGGUGACUGAUAAGAACAAGAAAGUGAUAGUUCGCGAGGUAUCUGUUUUAAAGAAGUGUUCUAAUGAGAACAUCUUGAAGUAUGUUGAGUGUUAUUUGAUUAAUGAUAUGUUAUGGUUAGUCACCGAAUUAAUGGAUUUCGGCGAAUUAACGAAUUUAAUCGACUUACAUCAAUCCCUUCCAAUGCUAGAAAUGCAUAUCGCUUAUGUUAUGGACCAUUUGGUCGAUGCUUUGUGUUAUAUUCACUCAAUCGGAUAUAUCCACAGAGACAUCAAAUCAGAUAAUUUACUCGUCAAAAAAGAUGGCAUCAUUAAAUUGGCCAAUUUCGGUUCAGUCGCCUUCGUCGAUGAAAAACAUCCAACAAGAAAUUCAGUCAUCGGAACGCCUUUUUGGAUGUCUCCAGAAUUAAUCCGCUCAAUGGACUACGGAAAUAAAGUCGACACGUGGUCACUCGGUGUCACCUGUUUUGAGUGCGCCCAUGGUGCUCCCCCUUAUAUCGAUUUACCACCAAUGAAAGCAAUGCUUCAAAUCACUACAAAAGGGAUGCCUGACCUCGAAGGACAGUGGUCCGACAAUUUUAAGAAAUUCUUUGGCGAUUGUUGCCAAAGUGAUGUCGAAAAGAGACCAACCGAAACUCAACUCAAAAAUUACGAAUUCUUAAAGGAAAAAUGUACGAAAGAGGAAUUUGCAGAUCUCGUCAAAAAAGCAGUCGUUUUGGUCGAUGAAGAAAAAGAUGACGAUGGACUCCCAACAAAUGAGGAGCAAGAAAAACAGGAGAUAUAA